AUUCCCGUUCACAGCCUUUAUCUCAGUGCAAACAGUGCCCUGCAGUGUGGGACUCCCCGGGCGGAGUGCUGGCCUGUUAUUCAGUGACUACAGUGCAGCCGGCCAGGAAGUUGAAGGCUACAUAAGCAGAUUGCGCCUGCUGGGCUCAGAAAGCACCUUCGCUUCUCCAGGCAGGUCUCUCCAUUGCAGGGCACUGCUGGCUCCCCAGGACUGUUACCAGCACGGGUGGAUCACAGCGAGGAGCUGAGGCAGCCACACCGUUCCUGCUUCUGCUGCCUGUGUUGGCUUUGGCUCGCCUCGGGGACUUUGCGCUCUCUGCAGCGGCAAAGCCACAGGCCAGGGGCUAGCUCAGGGUAGGAUCUGAGGGCCCAGACAGCCAGCAGGGCAGCUAGGACUCUCUUACUGGCUGAUUUCAUCCCUGGGGGAAACUUUCCUCAGCACCCAGCUCCUCUGGUGCGGGAGCCAAGGCCAGUCCAGCUCCUGCAGCCCUGGGGAUGGGCCCUCAGUAACGGCCUGAGCCAGCGAGCUCAGCUGGGACCCUGCUGCUUCCCCAGGACAAGUUCGAAGGCAUCAGGUCCCACCCCAGCCGAGGCCUCAUGGCGCUGGCUCCGGCUGAUGUCCUGCUGGACGUGUGUGUCAGGGAGUGUGGGAUUUGCUACGAGGCCUACAAAGCGGCUUCCAAGUGGCGGGUGCCCAAGCUGCUGCUGUGCCACCACUCGCUGUGCUUCUCUUGCCUCAGGAAGCUGGUCUGCCAGGCCCAGGCCAUCUCCUUUGUGGUCUGCCCCUUCUGCAGGAUGGUGACCCUGGUGCCCGAGCAGGGGCUGCAGGCCCUGCAGAACGACGAGGACAUUCUGCGGGAGGCAUCGGCCCAGUGCAGCCUGCGCAGCCCCGGCGUCCUGGCGGGGGCCAGCUCGGCCCCAGGGAAGGAGGAGAAGGAGAAGGAGGAGGAGGAAGAGGCGGCCCCCAGCACCUUGGAGUACUCCACAAGCGAUUCCUCUCUCUCCCUGGACAUGGAGUUUAACUACGUGACCCAUUCAUCCAUCUUCACUAUAAGCAGCGUGGUCUCCCCGUACGGCUUGGCGGUGCCGGGCAGCUCCAGGGCCUGGAGCGGGCUCCACAUGCAGGAGGUGCAGAACGCCUUCUUGGUGGGGCUCCCAGGCCGAGCAGCAUCUGCAGAUGCUCAACCACCCAUCUCCUCAGUGGAGAAUCUGCGCCUGUGCUUCGCCAUGGGCAUCCUCAUCCUCAUCAUCUCUGUCUUCUUCCUGCUGGUGUUCCUGAAGUAGGUCAGGAUCUGGGGGUGCAGCAGGAGGGGUGGCUGGAACCAGCCCAGGACAGAACUGACCCAGUAGCCAUGGCGGCAGGGACCCAGGCUGCUGAUGGAGCAAUGGGGAGAGGCCUUUUCAGAUGGAUCAGCUGAGCUCUGACCUGGGACCCCUGCAGGAGCCCAAACGUGGUGGCCUCCACCCAGAGCCUCGCUGAGCGUGGUGUCCUCGGUGCUGGGGACGCAGGGUGGGCUGAGCGUGGGUGCCAGAGGAUUUGCCUACAGCCAUCCAGCACGAGUCCUAACAUGAAUAUUUGUGUGACGAACAGAAGUGACAGUGGCUGGCCCAGGCUGGGGGGGGGGCAAGCAUUGGGGGUGCUCCCCGAGCCUGGGACAAUCUGGUGAGGCCCCUAUGGUGGUCAUUGAGAGCAAGACGGUAAGAGUCUGUGGAAAGAGGAAAUAAAGGCAGCUUCCCACUCACCUCCACCCUGGUGUGCUGGGUCUCUGGGAGCGCCACAUGGGGUGGAACAGGAGCCACUAAUGAGCCACGAGAGCCUGGGCUACCCCUGUAAACAGGGAAAGGGAACCCGGAGCAGCAAAGCCUCCAGCCCAGCCAGAAAACUGCCAUUACCAGCCCUGCAGCUCUGCCCACUUCCCUUUCAGGCUGCAGCGUCCCUGCCAUGGGCUUAUCCCCCCCCCCACCCCUCUCCACUUGCCUCAAGGGAAGGCCCUGCCUGUAUCUGCUGGGACAGAGCGGUUGUAGGGGAUCCUGUCCGUGAUGGGGGGGUGAUGGGGGCCUGCCUGCCACGGGGGAUCACAAGCGCAGACCCCUACUCCCUGCAGUGGUACCGAUCUUGCUAGCAGUCAAAGGUGGCAGCUCAGUGCUGUGGCUCCCAAGGGUGGGGAGAGUCUGCUGUGCUGGAAAAGGCCCAGUGCUGCUGCAGCAGGACAGUCAGGCCUUGGGUAGAACUGCCCCCCUUGUUCCACCAUGGGGGUCAUCAGGUCGGGUGGGCAAGAGGGCUCUGUGCUGGCUCAGGAGGGCCUGUGGAGUGGGGUCAAGAGCCACAGUGGUCCUGUUCCUGCAGCCAGGCUGAGGCAGGAGGCCGGGGGGAUUUGGUCAUUGUGGGCAAUGGGAGUUAGGCACCUGGAAUGCUUUGAGGAUCUGGCCCAGCUGCUUGGGCAGGAUUCUAUCGCUAUGUGUGGGGAGGAUGAGUAUGUCUUGUACUGAGGAGCCUGCGGCUUUCCUGCCUUCUAGGCCCUGAGCACAGAGUCCCCGUGCCAGCUCCUUCUCCGACUGGGGUGGCCUGCCAUGCUCUCAUUCCUAGGACUAGUUGGUGGUUCAUUUAGUUUUCUGUGCAGCCCAACUUCAUUCCUGUUUUGUUGAUCCCUAGCAUGCAGAGUGUACAAUUUGCUGGGAACGUGAACAAUAACGUCCUCCCAGGACAAGGGAAAUGCAUGAACUACAGAGGUGUGUCUGGAUUCCUGCUAGUAAUCAGCAGACACAGCUUAGCUCUAAGGUCAGUCCAUCGACACAGAAUUAUACAUAAACCUGCUGCAGCUCUGGCAUAUGGAGCAGAGCCUGGGCCGGCUCCAGGGUUUUGGCCGCCCCAAGCAGCCAAACAAAACAAAAACAAACAAAGAAAAAAAGCCGCGAUCGCGAUCUGUGGCGGCAAUUCGGUGGGAGGUCCUUCACUCCCAGCAGGAGUGAGGGACCCUCCGCCGAAUAGCUGGACGUGCUGCCCCUCUCCGAAGUGUCCGCCCCAAGCACCUGCUUGGUAAGCUGGUGCCUGGAGCUGGCCCUGAGCAGAGCACAUGGUAACAUCAUGGAUUACAGCUACUAGUCAAGGAGAGUGCCAGCUGUCUGUUUUAGGCAGUAGGCUGAGAAUUGGGAGAAGUAUGAGCUAUCUAUGCAAGUCUCUUACCCCGGCUGUAAAAUGGGGACAUCUACCAGCCUUUGGGAAAUCGUUCAGCACCCCAACCCUAAGGGCUUGUUCAUACAUGGUGCUACGCAGGAACAGCAGUGACUCAAUAACUCAGCGUGGACGUCUUCCAGAAGCAGGGCCUUGUUCCCACUGUGGGUUAAGAUAAACAGAAGCAAGGCCCUUUGAUUCUGGACUAGGCAUGUCCAGGGAGUGACUCAUGAACAGCUAAGUGCCCUGUGCCAAGUAUCAGGGUCAUGUGUCCAAAACUUUAAAGCUGAGCAGACAUAGUGCUCAUCUUUUGGAAAUGCCUGAACAGAUCACCAAGUUUAAAAAUUAAACCAUCAUUAACCUCCCCCUAUACUCCCUCCCCCCUCUUGCUGCCUGCCUUGCAAGAUGAGGUCUCACUCUCUUGCUUGAAUUUGUAGACUUUUCCUCAAUAUGUUUUCGUAGUUCUCGGUGCAGUUUCCUAGGGAUGUGAGAACUGUUACCGCCAACGUACCUUAUGUUAGAAUAGGGGUGGGCAAACUUUUUGGCAAGAGGACUACAUCUAGGCAUAGAAAUUGUAUGGUGGGCCAUAAAUUUUCACGAAAUUGGGGUUGGGGUAUGCCAGGGGGUGAGGGCUCUGGGUGGGGCUGCGGGCUCUGGGGUGGGGCCAGAAAUGAGGAGUUAUGGGUGUAGGAGGGGGUCUCUUACCCUAAGUGGCUCCCAAAAGCAGCGGCAUGUUCCCCCUCCGGCUUCUACGUGGCGGCACAGCCAGGUGGGUCUGCUGCAUGCUGUCCUGUUCGCAGAUGCCACCCCUGCAGCUCCCAUUGGUCACUCCCCAGCGGAAGCUCAAGGGGCAAUUAAAACAGAUUAAAACCCUAACCCACCCCGGUGUUAGAGGCAGUUUACCUUAAACUUUUCAUAGCACUGUGGUGGAGAGAAUGUUUUGCGUUUUGCAAGCAUGGAGCAGCCCCAUGGCAAUUCCGUACAUGGCAGUGACACAAGGAAAGUGUUCACAUAUUUUAAUUGUCUGAGAUACAAUAAGUGUUUUGUCCCUUCCGGAAAGAAGUUACUCACAUCAUCGCCUACUAGUCCACCAUCUCCCUUUACCUGCUAGUCCAGGCCCCUCUCCACUUGUCGCCUGCCCCUUUGCUGUUACAGAGGAUUUUUUUCUAAUUGGACUUAUUCCCCCUUUUUCCUGCUUUAUCAUGUGUUAAGAGAGCCUGAAAGGGGAGGUUGUUUGUUUGUGUGUUUAACUGCAUCUCUUUCGCCUUAGAACAAUCAGGCAUGUUUACUCUGCCCUGCUUUUGUGGGAGAACCCUGGUGGGAUCAGGGAGGUUUGCUGGGAGAGCCAGCCAUUCAGCAGAGGCAAGGGUGCUGGAUCUUUACCAAGGGUUCCUUUAUCUCAACCUUAUGUUAGUCACUGACAGGCAAUAAGUGGUAACGGAGAAGAGCCCCGUCCAAGAGUUUAAAAGCUGGAGGAAAAAAAUCCCCUCUUCUCUCCAUAGUUCAGUUUUCCCACUUGGCUCCUUUGAUGCUGUCAUUUCCCAGUGCCUAGCUUCCCACAGCGCGACCCAGGCUCAUCCCACAGGCAUUCAUGCUGUGAAAAACACGCCGAAUUUAAAUAGAAAAGAAAAAGAAAAAAAUGUUUUGCCCCUUGGGGAGAGGGAAAUACAGGCACCAGGCCACUCUGCUCCAGAGCAGUUUUUUAAAUGGCCUUUACACUACCCUGCGACUGCUGGCAGUGCCACCAUCCAUGCUGCUAGCUGGCGCAGCCCUGGUUACACAACCAGAGCCAGCUAACUUGGGAAUCCCUCAGGGGAUUUUACAAACGUGUGAGUGGAGCCAGGGCUUGAGGGCACAGUAACUGGAUCAAAUUUCUUGAGCGCCCAAUUCAGGCAUAGACAGAUUUUUGUACGACAUUAAAGGUGCCUAAAGACCCAGAUGCACACAGGUAUUUAGGCUCCUAGUGUCUGUUGAUUUCAAUGGCAUUAGGAGCCUAAAUUCCUUUAUGGGCAGAUGCCCUGGCCCACCUCUGCAUCUGGCUGAUAACAGUAUCAGUGCUGACUGUUGUAGGAACAGCAGGGGUCUGUAUGCUAUGUAUAACCAGUAUGCUCAAAAGGUCUCUGUUACACUCUCCCCCCACCCUCUCCCCCGCCACUUUUGUCUCCUCUCUCUCUUUGAAUACCUGUGAAGUGGCUUUCCCCCUCCCCAUCCC